AAUUCGUACACAAAGUGAUUUUAUUUCAAGACUUUAGUCGAAUCUUGGGCGAAAAGAUGUGGAAAAUUCAAUAUCUUUUUUACUUGCCUGCCUUGAUAUUUCCCGCACAAUUUAUUAUAGAAAGUGUACCUGACCCAAAUGAAGUUGAAAUUCCCACAAGACUUGGCAGAAUAAUAGGGUUACGAACAACUUCUAUAAAUAAAGGCACAGUUUAUAAAUUUCUCGAUAUACCUUACGGUAAAGCACCGAUUGGACAUCUUCGCUUCCAAAAGCCCCAUCCACGUGGAGCAUGGUCUCACACACUGAAUGCAACGACAUUAGGUCCAGCUUGCUACCAAUCAAAAAACCAACUAUUCCCAUUUCCAGAAUACUCUGAAGACUGUCUUAAAUUAAACAUCUACGUUCCAAAUAGUGUAAAUUACUUCAAUAACAAGUCAGUGAUGGUAUGGAUCCAUGGCGGAGCAUAUCUAAUUGGUUCUGGGAGGUCUACCGAUGGAAGUCUGCUUUCCUUGGUAGGGGAUGUUAUUGUGGUGACGAUAAAUUAUCGCUUAGGGAUUUUUGGUUUUUUCGCUUCAAAAAAUAACAAGGCGAAAGGGAAUGCAGGAUUGUGGGAUCAAAAACUUGCCCUUACUUGGAUCAAGUAUAAUAUCAAAGAUUAUGGUGGCAAUCCAAACGAUGUUACAAUAUUUGGCGAUUCUGCGGGGGGUACGAGUGUUUCGUUACAAUCUUUAAUACCCAGCAACAGAGGUCUGUUCAAUAAAGUGAUUGCUCAAAGCGGAAUUGCAAAUUCUUUUCUCGCAAUGUCAAAUGAUACAUAUUCAUCUACAAUAGCUGUUGGUCAGAGAGUUGGUUGUAUACACAACGAUCGCACAGAUAAUGAUCACAAUUUCAUCGAAUGCUUACAAAAUGUAGAUGCAAAUGAACUUGUCCGAGCCGCAGAAAUGGUUCAAAACGAGUUAGGCUUGAGCAGUUUAGCCAGAAUUUCCUUUACUCCUGUAGUGGAUGGUGAACUCGUUCGUAAGGAUCCACUUGUUUCGUUGAAAAACAAAGCAUCAUCUGAAUUUAACUUUUUUCAGUCGUUGGACAUGAUGAUUGGAACCUGUGAUAAUGACGGUUCUUUAGCACUAACCUUCUUACCUAUAUACGAAACGAAAAUAAACUUUAACAUCAGUGAAGGUGUGCCCACACAGGAGAUGUGCCAUGCUAUUAUACCCGUGCUUUCAGCAUCAUUAUUCAACGACAACGCUGAAGUUUCAAACGCAAUUUGUAAAAAGUAUACCGUAUUAAACAACAUUGAAGAACAAGGUCGGGAGUUUUUACUUAUGUAUGGCGAUGCAACUUUUCUUGCCCCUGGUACGUUUGCGCUCAUGUCUCACUCGGAUAGCAUUCAAGGAUCAACAACAUACCAGUAUGUGUUUGCUGAAGAAAUGCCUUUGAUGCUUCCCACUGUACCUUGGUAUAGAGGGUCUGCGCAUUCAACGGAUGUCUUUUACAUGUUCUAUUAUGAACAAACGAAAACGAUGACUAACUUUACGGAAGGGACCGAUAUUUUCGUGGACCAAUUCAGAGCAUACUGGACAAACUUUGCAAAAACAGGGAAUCCUAACGGACCAGGUUUGCCGGAAUGGAAACCAUUUGAUUACAGUACGUCACAUCCAUAUAUCAGCUUACAAUCUCGGGAUAUCAACUUGAAAACAAAUUACAGAAAAUCCUACACAGACUUCUGGAAUCGGGAUAUUCCUACUCUACUACAUAAUAGUUGCAGUGAAACAAAUUGUGAAAUACCAAUUCAUGUGCUGAUCCCUUGUACCAAGAAGCCUCAGCAGGAGUCGUAUAGGAUAGCUCAUCAUAAAAAACGUAUUGGACUACUUAAACAUGUCUCUAUUUUAUCUCUGACAGAUAAUCCAGUUCGACAACGUGAUUCUGCUUUUAAGAUGAAGUUGUCUUGGUGUUUAUUUCCCUUUAUCUACGUCAUUGCGUUACUGAAUAUUAGAUGUAGUUAUGAACAAGAGGAACUUGUUCGGCAGACGAGGCUUGGCGAUAUAGCUGGUCUAUAUUUCCGUAACUACACUGCUGGAGGAGUAUGCAACCAAAAGCUAUAUACAUUUUUAAACAUACCGUAUGGAAAAUCUCCAGUUGGACACCUCAGGUUUGCAAAACCUCAACCAUUCGGGUCCUGGCAUGGAACACUUGACGCCACAACCAAAGGUCCAGCUUGCUACCAAAACCCCUCUAGGAACUUCAAUGGGACUUCGGAAGACUGUCUGCAGCUAAAUAUAUACGUUCCACACAAUUUUUCAUCCACCACCAACAAAAGUGUCAUGGUGUGGAUUCAUGGUGGAGCUUACAUAAGUGGAUCUGGAACGACAGUUGAUGGAAGCAUGCUUGCUUUGACUGGAAAUGUGAUAGUGGUCACCAUUAAUUACCGUUUGGGUAUUUUCGGAUUUCUUGCUUCCAAUGAUCCAGAUGCCAAAGGAAAUUGUGGUUUGUGGGACCAAAUGCUAGCGUUAGAUUGGAUAAGGUACAAUAUUCAGGACUAUGGUGGAAAUCCUAGGUCCAUAACAAUUUUCGGGGAAUCCGCAGGCGGAUACAGCGUUUCGUUGCUGUCUUUGAUUCCAAGAAACAGAGGAAGUUUCCAUCGCGUUAUCGCACAAAGUGGGGUGGCUAACUCAUACCGUGCCCUAUCCAACUUUUCUUUCAUAUCUACGACUAAAGUGGCUGAGAAGGUUGGUUGUACUCGAUCUACAAACGAUCGCUUUAUGAUACAAUGUUUACGACAAGUCGCAGGAGACGAUUUGUUGAGAGCUACGCAUUCUUACAGACAGGAACUAGGAUUAGUUGCAUUAUCGUAUCUUCCAUUUACUCCAGUAGUGGAUGGUGAGCUAUUUCGGAAAGAACCCUCACUGUUACUUCAAGAUAAAUCAUCAUCAGAAUUCAACUUCUUUCAGUCCCUGGAUAUGAUGAUAGGAAACUGUGACAACGAAGGUUCGAUAGUACUUAGUUAUUACCCUCUGUUUGAAAAUAAAUUAGACAUUAACAUCAGCCAGGGCAUCUCUACUGAUGAAAUGUGUAAUACAUUUAUUGAUUCAAUUGCAACUACUUUAUUUCACAAUAAAAGUGAAGUAAAAACUGCAGUAUGUCAGAAGUAUACUGUGAAUAACGGUAUUGAAGAGCAGGGUCGACAACUCUUACAGUUCUACACUGAUGCUUUCUUCAUUGCACCAGGCGUAUCUAUGUUGAGAGACCAUUCCGACAACAUUCAGGGAUCUACAACAUAUCAGUACGUCUUCUCUGACGAACUUCCGGACAUGUAUCCCAACAUGCCACAGUGGUACAAAGGAUCCGCUCACGGAACAGAACUUGCUUACAUUUUUUACUAUGAAACUCUAAGAAGUACCAUCAAUUUUCCGCUUGGAGCAGAAUAUCUUGUGAUGAUAAUCAGAAAAUAUUGGACAAAUUUUGCCAAGACUGGGGAUCCGAAUAGCUCGGGAAUACCUAAAUGGCUGCCGUAUGAUCACGCUUCCUCUCAUCCGUACCAGUGCCUGAAAUCGGGGAACCUGACUAGUGAAUUGAACUAUAGACAAUUGUUCGUGGACUUCUGGAUUCAGGAAAUUCCGAGGGCAGUAGCAAACACAAACUGUGGCCAAAAUGAAUGUGCAAUUUCAUCUAUUUUAGGGUAAAGAUAGUAUGAGGCACAUUAUGCAUUUUCCCCAAUCUGUAUGCAACAAAGUGUCAAUGGACCACAAUUAAUACACAUUUGCGGAUAAAAGCCCAAGUCCGUUUCUUUUAAUGGAGGAGUGAUUGAAGAAACUUUAAAAACGUAUCAUUGAUAAUUGUACAUUUAGAAUUAAUUUACAAUGAAAAAAUUGAGAGAAACACAUAUGAAUAUCUAUAUCUAUCUAUACCAUGGUUUGUCUUCGUGUGAUUUGCGAUUUUCUAUGAUACAAGACCUUCAUCUCCUAAUCUCAUGGAUUUCGCAAAUAUGUGGAAUAUAUAUUUUGACCGGUUGGUAAGCCUAUCAUAAUUUACAUACAUUUAUCUCAGAACAGUGUAUCAAUGAACAGAAAAAAUAUAUAUGAAUACUGAU